AUGCUGUUCGAGGACCUGCGAUUCAUUCACGAGGAUUUGGAGAGGCUAGAGCAGGCUGUCGCCGAUCGCGUGGCUGAGAAUCCCUCAAAUAUCCGACAACGCCUAGCCCGCGAUCAUGAAGUUGCCAAAUUCCUAGCGAGAAUUGAGGAGCAGUCUCGGCGCCUCUUGGAGAUCUACAAUGAUACGGACAGGCUCCUCGAAAAGGAAGCGCAGACAAUCUCGACCGGAGAUCAGUUUGAAGAGUUUUAUAAGCAGAUGGAUGAUAUUAAGGGCUUCCACAAGCGGUAUCCGAAUGAGCCAGUCGAAAACCUCGAGCGCGCAUACAAGCGGCGUCAACCCGGCGAGGGCGAAGCGCCUCGAAAUGAUGUGGAUACCAUGUUUACCGGCGAGGAAGCAUUUGGGCAAUUCCUGGAUUUGACAAUGAUUCACGAACAAUACCUGAACCUUCCGGGCGUGAAGCGUCUGGCAUAUACCCAGUACCUCGGCGUCUUCGAUGUCUUUACGCCCCCUACGCUCAAUAUUAAACGAAAAGAUAAGGUCUCUGACAAGUACUUCCGCUACGUCAGUGAACUUGCCAGUUACCUUGAAGGUUUCACCAAACGUAUCCGCCCUUUGCAGGACCUCGACAAAUUAUUUGGAUCUUUUGAUGAAGAGUUCGACAAGCAAUGGUCCGCGAAGGAGGUCCCGGGAUGGACAGACGAGAAGGCAGAGAAUGGCGACCCUGGCCCACAAACACAGGGAACAGGAGCCGGAAUCUGGUGUGCGGAUUGUGAGAAGGAGUUCAGCAACGACAACGUCUACCGGAGUCACUUGACUGGCAAGAAGCACAUUCGAGCUGCGGAGGAAAAGAAGGCUGCCGGUGCAUCGGGUGAGCAGCCUACAGCGCCUGUGGGCCAAAGAUCUUCCUUCAAGUUCAAAGAGCGAGCAGUCGCGGAGCGCGAGCACCGAAUUCGAUGCUUGGCGAAGGAGCUCGAGUCAAAUCGCAAAGCCACUCGGGACAACGUUGAACGCAGACAGGCCAUGACGGAGCGGGAGCGUCAAGCAGAUAACGAAGCUAUGAUGGCUGAUCCGGAGGAUUACAUGCAGGGUGGCGACCGAGAUCAGUCGGAUGAUGAGGAUUCGGAUAAGCUUUACAACCCAUUGAAGUUGCCGCUGGCAUGGGAUGGCAAGCCUAUUCCAUACUGGCUAUACAAGUUGCAUGGUCUCGGUACCGAAUAUCCGUGCGAAAUUUGCGGUAACUUCGUCUACAUGGGCCGGCGGGCUUUCGAUAAGCAUUUCUCCGAAGCUCUGCACAUCUACGGGCUGAAGUGUUUGGGUGUUACGUCCAACACCAACCUUUUCCGUGAGAUUACUCGCAUUGAUGACGCCGUGCGACUCUGGGAAAAGCUCGAGCAAGACCGCAAGAAGGAGCGCGACUCCCGCGACAAUGUCGUCCAGAUGGAGGAUGCCGAGGGUAAUGUCAUGCCGGAGAGGAUCUACCUGGAUCUUCAAAAACAGGGCAUUCUCUAA